GGAGGAAGCAAAGCCGGGAAUCUUUGCCCUUUUUAAACCCAGUUCCCUGCGUUAAUUGCUGUGUUCCAGCACUCCUGGGAUAGAUCUUUGUUUGCUGUUCCCAGCGCUGGCCAAGGAGCCGCUGUUCUUUAGUGUAAACUAAAGUCCAGCUCGUUUCCUGCCCCGGGGCUUUGUCGGGGCUGUCCAGGGUUGUUAACACCGUCCCUUUGUUGUGCUGUAACAAGAUCCAGGGCCUCUGGAAUCACCAAGUGGAGCCAAAUUCCCCUCCUGCUCCCUUGGCCUGAUACAAAGCUCCUCCCCGUGUUUGCUGCUGCUGCUGUUCUCAGAGCAUCGGAGGAGCAGGGGAGGAUCCUCCAGGGGCUUUCAUCCCAAAAUUCUGCUGCUCAUCUCCCCUUUGGGAAGCUGGAGGUGCUGCUCCACCUCCCAAGGGGUUGUUGAGGGGGCUGUGAGUGGUUUGGUUCCCUCCACAGCGACUCACAAGCUGCUGUGUUUGCUCUGUGUUGCAAUAACAGGGAAAACCCAGUUUAUUUACCUCAGCCCCACCGAGUCCAAAUCCCUCCCUGGGCUAUAUUUUGUUUUUAUUUUCCCUCAACCAGCUCUGGCUGGUUUCAGGUACUCCAUGUCCUCCCCUGGAACACCCAGAGCAGAGAUGAACAGAUAGACCCCGAGCUCUGGCCUGCAUUUAUCAGCACUGCUCCCUCAGCAGCUCUUAUCUCUGCCCUCCUUAUCUCUGGGUGUCUGCACUUAACCCACUGUCCUGGCCAGCAGCUCCUCACCCUGCCCACAGCCCCCUUUAGGAAAAUCCAUCUCCCAGCCAGCAUUCCAGCCAUGCCGACGCUGUCCUGCCCGCCCAGCUUGGACCCCCUGUCCUUGUCCCAGCCCUCUCUGGAGAGGUGCUGGAGGAAUUCCAGCCCCCAGGAGAUAAUCCUGGCGCGGUCACCAGGGUGAUGCUGAGCGUGGGUCGUGCAGGUAGCCAUUAAUGAGUGACUAAGUGCUGAUAUUUGGGCCCCCGAGCUGAGAUGCUGCAUAUUUAAAGCCAUUAGAGCAACUUAUUUGCCUGGUUAUGAAGAGCAACGGUUUGAUAUCAUGACUAAUGCCUUUUUCUUUUUUUUUUUUUCUUCUUUUUUUUUAUAUCCAACCGUUUCCUUCGCUGCGAGAUAAGCCGAGCAAAUUGCCCCUCGUUAAAAGCCAACCGUAAAUUGUGCAGGCUGGGUGCUCUCAGAGCCAGGGAGAUGCCCCAGGUGGUUCAUCUCCCUGUGCACAGCCUGUGUUUAAACUGAAAACAACCCCUCCAAAGCUUUCCCUGUGCCUCAUCCUUCCUGCAACAUCCCACAGAGGAUGGGGAUGAGGCUCUCGGUGGCCACAUCAAAGCUGGCCCAAGUCCUGUGGCCACAGGGAGGUCAGGUGGAGGCACAGCCCAGCUUUGUCCCCUUCUUUUUGCCCCUUUUUUGUGUAUUAAGGCCCAUCCAGGACUGGGAGUGAUCCCUUCCCAAUCCCAGUGGUUUUCUUGGAGUGCCAGGACACCCCUUUGCCAUGCCUGGCACCCCCAACUCAUCCCUCACAGCCCACCCACCACAAACACCCCCAAAAAACCAUCACCCAAAGCUCUCCCUGUGUCUCCUGCAGCAUCCCCUGGAGCCAGGCAGGGGGGGAAGAGGUUCUCAGUGGCCACUGAGCAGAGCUGGCCCGAGCCCUGUGGCCACAGGGAGGUCAGCUGGAGGCACAGCCCAGCUUUGUCCCCUUCUUUUUACCCCUUUUUUGUGUAUUAAGGCCCAUCCCAGACUGGGAGGGAUCCCUUCCCAAUCCCAGUUGGUUGCCUGUGCUGCCCUUGGAGUGCCAGGACACCCCUCUGCCAGGGCCUGGCACCCCAAACUCAUCCUUAACAGCCCACCCACCAGAAACACCCCCCAAAACCAUCACCAAAGCUCUCCCUGUGUCUCCUCCUUCCUGCAGCAUCCCCUGGAGCCAGGCAAGGGGGGAAGAGGUUCUCAGUGGCCACUGAGCAGAGCUGGCCCGAGCCCUGUGGCCACAGGUCAGCUGGAGGCACAGCCCAGCUUCACCCCCCUCUUUUUGCCUGGGUUUCGAGCCAGAGCCCUGGCCCAGAGGGAUCCUUUCCCAGUGGCUGCCCUUGGAGUGCCAGGACACCCUGGCUGCCAAGGACUGGCCCGAGAUCCACCAGCUCAUUCCUCACAGCCCAUCCACCAGCUGCCGGCCCCGCCAGCUCCUGGCCAGCUGGGCUCUGUCCAAAGCCAUAGCCUAAAGGUGAAACAUUUGUUCCAGUUACCUGAGCCCUCCACUUCCUCACAGCCAGCCAUUCCAGCCUCCCAGGAUUUAUGGUGGCUGGAUUAUCUCGGGAUGAGCUUUUUCCACGCUCCUGUCAGUCCCAGGGGGUGUUUUUGCCUCUCUCAGAUUCCCUUGCAUCCCCCUCUCCUCCCUCUUCCCCUUUGCCAGCGCGUUUGAUCCUGCUGGUUCCCUUCUUCCAUCAGAUUUCCUGGAGCACUGCUGGGAGCUGUGUGAGGCUGGAUGGAGGGAGAAGGGACCCCUCAAUGGAGGAUCCUUAAAUCCCCCCAGGUCCUCAGUGAGCCUGGAGCCCCCACAGGAAGAUGUUCAAUGGUGGGCAGCAGUGGCAGGUGUCCACCCAGGGGCUCCAGGCUGUGAGGAACUGGAACCAAGGAUUUGGGUAUUGGAAAUCAGCACCUAAAGGUGUUUAUUGUCCCUCCUACCCCACCCCUGCUCCUCGCUGUGGAUCCCUGGGGGGAAACGUGAUGUGAAUCCAGGCAGGAAAUGUGUGGGAUCCUCCCUGGUCCUGUGCUGGCAGAGGAGCCCAGAAUGGGCCUGUGGGACCAUUUUUAUUCCCUGUGCAUUCCCUGACCUGGCUGUAACCCCGGGCACUGCCUGCCUCCUUCUCCCUUUAGUUUCUUAUCAGUGCUCU